UGAGUUGAUUGAUUAAAAAGAUGUUGCGUAGUUUAUACGAUAUGAUGAUAGAUUAAAGUAUAAAAUGUGGUGAUUGUAUGAGAAAAAACAUCAUAAAAAAAGACAACACACGCCAAGGGUCUACUAUGUUUCUUUGUAGUUAGAUAACCUUUUUGUUUCCUCCAAAAGAGAAGAGAAUGUUCCUUACUUAAACCAACAGAGAAACUCAUGACACUGUAAUCAAUUGAAGCUUAAUUAGUAUCUAUCUAUCAUUAUCAGUAACAAAACACAAACAUUGAAAAUGAAGUUGCUGAUUUUGUUUGCAGCUCAAUUUACAUUCUUAGUUUCUGGGUUUAUCUCCUCUGAAUCUGACUCACUAUUUUCUUUCUCACUUAAUGAUAAUCAAUUGCAACAACCUCUUAUGGUUAAUCUCACUCUCAUUCAAGGAGCUGAUUCCAAAGGAGCUGUCUGUUUGGAUGGAACAUUGCCUGGUUACCAUUUGGAUCGUGGAUUUGGAUCUGGUUCAACUAGUUGGCUUAUUCAUCUGGAGGGAGGAGGAUGGUGUAACACUAUUAGAAACUGUGUCUACAGAAAAAAGACUCCUCGUGGUUCCUCGAUAUACAUGGAAAAUCAAAUACCAUUCACAGGAAUAUUGAGCAAUAAACCUGAAGAAAACCCUGAUUUCUUUAACUGGAAUAGAGUCAAAUUAAGGUACUGUGAUGGAGCUUCUUUUAGUGGAGAUAGUGAAAAUGAGGCUGCGGGGCUUCAAUUCCGUGGACAAAGAAUAUGGCUAGCUGCAAUGGAGGAAUUAAUGUCUCAAGGAAUGCAGGAUGCAGAACAGGCCCUUCUCUCCGGAUGCUCCGCGGGUGGUCUAGCAUCCAUAAUACAUUGUGAUGAGUUCCAGAGCUUGUUACCAAAACCUUCCAAAGUGAAGUGUUUUAGUGAUGCAGGAUUUUUUCUUGAUGCAAUUGAUGUAUCUGGAGGACGGUCACUGAGGGAUCUAUUCGGAGGCGUCGUUGAGUUACAGGAAGUCCACAAAAAUCUGCCGAAAAAUUGUCUAAGUCAACUGGACCCGACUUCGUGCUUCUUUCCUCAAAAUUUGGUAGAACACGUUGAGACACCACUGUUUCUACUCAACGCGGCUUAUGAUGUGUGGCAGGUCCGAUCGAGUUUAGCUCCGACCACAGCUGAUCCCCUUGGCUCUUGGAAUGACUGCAAAUCAAACCAUGCAGAGUGUAACUCAUCUCAAAUUCAGUUCCUCCAAGACUUCAGAAAUCAAAUGCUUGACGACGUGAAAGACUUCUCAAAGUCGUCUCAAACUGGACUAUUCAUAAAUUCUUGUUUUGCUCAUUGCCAGUCUGAGAGACAUGAGUUAUGGUUCGCCGAUAACUCUCCUCUUAUCGAUGACAAGCCAAUUGCAGUAGCAGUUGGAGACUGGUUUUUCGAUCGAGAAGUUGUCAAAGCUAUUGACUGUCCUUACCCUUGUGACAACAGCUGCCAUAAUCUGGUGUUUAAAUGAGAGUAAAAUGUUAUCUCUUCAGAUGAUAUUUCUAUAUACACUUCCAUCAUUGUAUUUGUUUUAUUGUAAUUUAACAUUUCUUAUCUGAUGAAGCAAUUGAUUAUAUCAUCAAUUUUACUGAUAAGAAGUCCUGUCAAUAAGAUUCAUGAUUCAUCA